GUUGCAGACAGCGCGCCCGGGGGCGGCGGCCACUCGGGGCACGGCUCGUCUGGCGGCACAUCCAAGCCCCCGUGGAACGAAACGUGGACGGACAAACUGAAGAGCCACCUGCUCGACCACUACGACAAGUUCGCGCGCCCGGCCCAGUACAGCAACACCACCGUCGUCGUGGUGGACAUGACCUUCCGGCACGUCGACCUGGAUGAACUAAGAUCCAUCAUGACAGUACACGGUUGGGUGAAAAUGAGCUGGAUUGACGAGAAACUGAAGUGGUCGGAGAGCGAGUGGGGUGGCUUGGGGGUGCUGCACAUCGCCGAUCACGAGAUUUGGCAACCUGAUAUCGUGCUAUACAACAGCGCGACGGGCAACACCAUCGACCACUACGGCAACACGCACUGCCUCGUGUACCCCAACGGCGAAGUGCUGUGGGUGCCGCCGUCGCAGUUUAUCGUGUUCUGCGCGCUGGACCUGCGGCGGUGGCCCUUCGACGAGCAGACGUGCCACCUGCGCCUGGGCUCCUGGACCUACGACGGCGAGCAGGUGGAGCUGCAGCUGGGAGACCGCGGCGCCGAGAUCGAGCUGAUGGAGACGAAUAGCGAGUGGGAGGUGGUGCGCGUGACGGAGCGGCGCAACGUCAAGGUGUACGCGUGCUGCGACGAGCCCUACAUCGACGUCACCUACAACGUCACCGUGCGCCGCCGCUCGCCCACGUACAGCGCGCUCGUGCUCACCCCCGCCACAGUGAUUGUGCUGAUGACGCUGUCGGUGUUCUGGCUGCCGCCCACGGCCGGCGAGAAGCUGCUGCUUAGCUGCACCACGGCGCUUAUCAUCUGCCUCUUCCUGCUCUACUUCUCGCAGCAGCUGCCUGCCAUGGCCGGACACACCCCGCUCAUAGGAGCGGAGCUAACGAUAUAUGGAGCAGCAGGUGCGAGGACCAAAAGCUGGCCAUGUUGUGGUGUCAAAAUUGCUGCACCUCUGUGUUGCAAAAACGUAGUGGUAUUCUGGUUGUCGAGACAUAUUGAGCCAGUCGUCAGUUUUCCGUGUCAUGUGGUCGUCCAAACUGAUGGCCGGCGGGGCGGGGCGGGGUGGGGCAGUGCUGUUUUACAGCUCCAGCCUGUACCUGGUGUGCGUGUCGAUGAUGGUGUCGGUGGUGGUGCUGAACCUGGCGCGGCCACCCGGCGUGUCGCCGCCGCCCUGGGCGCUGCGGGCGCUGCUGCACGGCUGGCCCGGCUGCCUGCUGGGGUUGAGGGGCCUCGCGCCCCCGCGCACGCAGGGCGGACUGCUGGGCGCGGCGGCGGAGGAGCUGCGCCGCGAGCACGCGUCCGGGGGCCGGGGCAGGCGUCGCGGGCGGAAGCGGUAUCGCGUAUCUGCGUUGUUUUCUCGAAGGACGAGGCGCCGCCUGCAGGCCCCAGCCGCGCCGCCGCCGCCGCGCGCGACUGGCUGCUGCUGGCCACGGCCGUGGACCGCGUCGCCUUCCUCGCCUACUGCCUGCUCUUCGGCGUGCUUGCCGCCGUCUACGCCGUCUGA